CUUCCGCCGUGGGACUGCAGGGGCGGGGCUUGACGCAGCGGCUGAGUAAAACCGCGGCCCCCCUCCGGACAGAGCGCCAUUCACGAAGACCCCUCCGCCUGUUUUCCUCCGUACACGCGCUCCCUCCGCCGUCAUCAUGGUUCACGAAGUAACGGGUCUCGAAGACUUCCACAAGCAGCUGAAGGACGCCGGAGACAAGCUGGUGGUGGUGGACUUCACCGCCACGUGGUGCGGCCCCUGCAAACAGAUCAGCCCAGUUUUUGUAAAAAUGGCGGCAGACAACCCCGGCGUGGUUUUCCUGAAGGUGGACGUGGAUGAUGCUGAGGAAGUCAGUGCGUUAUGUGAAAUUAAGUGCAUGCCCACCUUCAUAUUUUACAGGACAGGAAAGAAGGUGGAUGAACUCUCCGGCGCUAACAGCGAAAAACUAAGUGAAAUGCUGAAGAAACAUAUGUAAGCCCCGGAAGGUCUAACCACACAACCUUGUUCUACGAGCUCCACAGAAACCGCCAGUAGCCUCUGUCCACGUCUCAGAAACCCACGACCACCGGCUCCUGUUUUCCACGUAGCAGGCGGACAUUUAUUCCACUCGUGUACUGGUUCCAUAGUCCUGUCACAUUCAUGUAUGUAAAAUUCGAACACUUUUAAACUCCUGUACAGAGAAUUUGGAUUUUUCUCCUGAACGUCUCGUUGUAUGUAACGUGUCCAACAAGGUGGAUUUAAUAAAUGAAGAUGAGUUACA